AUGUGGAUUGUCAACUGGUUCUACGAUAUUCUUGCCUCGCUAGGCCUCCUCAACAAGCAUGCCAAACUCCUGUUCCUCGGUCUCGAUAAUGCCGGCAAGACUACGUUAUUACACAUGUUGAAGAACGACCGAGUAGCUAUCCUGCAACCAACCCUCCACCCAACAUCCGAAGAGCUCGCCAUCGGCAACAACCGUUUCACAACCUUCGAUCUCGGUGGUCAUCAGCAAGCCCGCCGUCUCUGGCGCGAUUACUUCCCCGAAGUCUCCGGCAUCGUUUUCCUCGUCGACGCAAAGGACCACGAGCGCCUGCCCGAAUCAAAAGCCGAACUCGACGCUCUUCUAGCUAUGGAAGAUCUGGCAAAGACACCCUUCUUGAUCCUCGGAAACAAGAUCGAUCACCCAGAUGCGGUCAGUGAAGAUGAGUUGAGACAUCAGUUGGGUCUAUAUCAGACAACGGGGAAGGGCAAGGUGCCGUUGGAGGGCAUUCGGCCGAUUGAGGUGUUUAUGUGUUCGGUCGUGAUGAGGCAGGCAGCCGACCCAAGGACACCAUCUCUGCCUGACAAGCGACCAGACAUCGUCUCAGCCCAGUCAGCAGCUGCCACCGUGGUUGAGUGCUUUCAAGUUGCUCAGCCCGUGACGACGUCGAAGGCCGAAGAGCCUUGCAGUAUCCCGUUGAUGGAUCACGUCUUUGCCAAUAGCUACGGCCUGCCUUUCAUCGGCUACUACGCAGCCCCAGACUGUGACUUCAACCGUGUGGUCAUCAAGUUUGCGGCUGUCUCAGAAGGGCAGAUCUCGCUGCCAGCCGAUCUGAUCGUUCCCAUUUCCUACAAGCGAAGCGCCGCAGAUGGCGUGCCUCUUUUUACUCUCCCUCAAGACAAUGCCACGACUACCGCCACCUUUCCCAGAAACGCCAACCGUGCAGUCUUCUCCAUUUCCGCAACUGGCCAGUCUCUGGAAGAGUUCUGGUGGAGCAACGUUCUCGAGACCGAUGCUUCCACCUUCAAUUCCACCGUGGGGAGCUUGCCGGCGCUGAGUCCAUUCCGGGAGGUUCAGCUCUACAUCGACGACCACCUCGCAGGAGUAGCAUGGCCGUUUCCUGUCAUUUUCACGGGAGGUGUGGUCCCAGGUUUGCACCGACCCAUCGUGGGCAUCGAUGUGUUCGACUUGCGCGAACAUGAGAUCGACGUCUCGCCGUGGCUACCUCUCUUAAGCGAUGGUACGGAGCAUCCCUUCACGCUCAAAGUCGCUGGACUUUUCGAUGAUGGGAUGGCUUCGGCUACGCUGACGAACAAUAUACCCGAAAGCUGGGUUAUCACUGGUAAAAUAUUCAUCUGGUUGGACGAUGAUGAGAAUUCUAUCACCACAGGUAGCAGGGUGCCUACUGUGGUCGAGCCAUUGCCAGCCAUACCCAUAUCGCGUUCUGUCCAGGCCGACGCUUGCGGCGUCAACGAAACCUUGGACUACACAACCGACGUUCAACGCACAUUCUCCGUCAGUGCCGAAGUCAGUUCCCGGAACUCAAGCAACACAAUCACCUGGACGCAGACAUUAUCCUACCACAAUAAGGGCCACCUCACCAACUACGGCUUCAACCAAACCAAACACCUCACCAUCAGCGGCACAGACAUUAGCCAAGGAGGUACAUAUUCAUACACUACUGCCUAUGAGUACCCACUAUGCUGCGACCAGUCUUACAGCCAGACACACCAAGGCAACCUGAGCAUCUACGGGACAUACAUUCAAGGCCUCAGAUUGGCCGUUGUUGGCUCUUCCAUCUUCCCAUCAGGUCUCAACAAGUCCUUCACCUCUGGCGGACGCCUGCUGUCCACCACCAUCCACGGCUCCGCUGCAUUCUUCCAGACCGGAGACGGCCUGAACAGCAGCGGGUAUGGCACGUCGAGCCAGGUCUUCAGCUUCGGCGGCCUUGACCUCAAUCAUCCUGCAGGGACGAUCGAUAUGUCUGCAAAUCUGGACCCGAACGUCGAGUUGUAUUUCAGGAACGUGUCGGCGACGAAUAACACGGUGACGUACGAUCAGGAGAGGCUGUUUGGCAACAACAUGAUUGACUGA